CUUGUGUUGAGAGAAUUUGUUGUUCAAGGGAUUUGACUGAGAAUCAUAGCGCAACGUCUAGGCAACCACGUUACCGUGUAUUUGUGAAGGCAUAACGCAAUGGUGUGCAAUUCCUAAACUGUCGCCUUUUGCAUGAUUAUAUUGUUCUUUGCAGAUCAGAUGACCAAUGUAGGCUAGAUAGCAGUUCUCUAAUCGCAUCGUCUACCUUUUCACUUGAGUAAUCGGAGUGUGAGAUCAGCGUUGCAUGACUCAACACAGGAGUUGCAUGCAGUCAUCACCUACUGUGCUGGAUAGUGGGUGCGUGAACUUAGGAUUCAGAGGGAAAAGAUAAACAACGAAUAAGUGUGGUACCGAUGAAUAGAGGAGGCCAGCCCUUCUCUCGAUGUCUCAAGCCAAUGUGGAGAGGUAGCAGUGGGGAGGGAUAAGGAGAAGUGGACGAAGAGGAGGAGAGGCUUGCGCUCCCCUGCCCCUUAUUUAAUUAAUACACAGUUUACAGUAUAUGUAUUUAUUUAUUUAUUUAUAUUAGGGUUUAUUUAUUUAAUCUUUUUAUGCAGAGAACUGAUGCCUUCUCUGAGCACUUGGAUUUGCAUUUGAAUUUAUUGUUCUGUGCUGACAUUCUGUGGGUAAUUGUACCCCACUUGGAUACUGUGAAUUGGGAAGACAUUUUUUUUCUGCCUAUGACAAGUGGUUUGUGUGGUGUGGCGGGGGGUGAGUCAUGAACCCCUUCCACCCCCACACAUAACCAUCUCCCUCCCCUGACCAGUCACAAGCCUGCCUCUCAUGAAAGCCAUGAGUUUACCCUUACACCAGAAGCCCAACAAUAAGAGAACAGGCAAGCGCAUUUCUUUCUUCAACGACCAGGGUGUGACCAUGAAGGAGGCCUCCCAGAAUGCAUCUGAAGGGCCCUACUAUGGCCUGGGUGCCCUGGCAUCAGAGCAAAGCCACGGUGCCACCUCAGGAGCGGCCAGCUCAGCUGCCGAGGGGCAGCGUAUGUUCCUGAACUCUGUCAUCUUUAGCCCAGAGAAAGGAGAGCAGAGCCAUGGACAUUACCAGCAGAUGAUGCCCAUGAAGUGGGCCCUCCAGAACCCCUCCCAGCAACCUCAGCAGAGGCCCACAGGUGGCAGCUGGUCGCAGGGCAUCACCAUGACGACCUGGACACAGAACUUUGCCCCAAACUUGACUUCCCAAAACACUUUCCCAAAGCAGAUUCCUUCUGAGGAUAUCUCUGCACACAGCAGCAGCAGCAGACCACCUCUGCUAGGACUGGUGAAAAGCAGCAGCAGCCACAACAGCAGCACCACCAACAGCAGCAAGUGCCCAGCUCGUCUAUCAUCAAAUCCAGUCCCUGCAAAAGCAGGAUCAGCAGCAUGUGCAGAGACAGCACAGCAGCAGCAGCAGCAGCUGAUUUUGCAGCAACAGCAAGAAAUGCAACACCAGUACCAACAGCAGCCAUUAAUCCAUCAGCAACCAGUGCAACAGCAGCCACACCAACUUCAGCCACAAACACAACAGCAGAUGCAGCAGACACAACACAUACACCAACAGACGCAACAGAAACAAACACAACACAUACAGAGCUCUGAGCAAAUGCAAGAGUUACAGCCACAUUUGGAGCACACCUCUCAAGUCCAACAACAACAGCAACAACAACAGCAACAACAACAACAACAGCAGCAGCAGCCCAUGCAGCAUAUACAUUCACAUCAAACACUGCAGCAACAGAAACAGGUGACACAACAGCAGCCACAACCAACUCAACAGCCUCAACCAAUUUCCCAACAGAAAAAUGAACCACAAAUUCAGCAGCACAGUCAACACAUCCUAGAAUUUCAUCUCAGUAGUAGUCAGUCUCACACUCUCGCCCAGUCCCUCUCAGAUCAGCAACAGACGCAGGUCAUGAGCCACUCUCAUUUUAGUGAUAAAUCGGCCAAGGACAUCCAGUAUCCCCCUGAUCCCCAGCAGUCUCCUCCCAGAACUCUGCAACCCGAGGAGCCUCUGCAGCCUUCCCACAGGUCACGGCCCCUCUCCAAAGAAGACGGGGGAGACAACCCUUUCCUAGUCCCUGCGGAGCAGAGCCAGGGCCCUCAGGGCUUCCAGGAGCCCCAGAAAGGUGCCUCUGAUGGGGCCACGAGGGUCCUGGUGGGGGAGGAGGUGAAGGCGGCGCCCACAGGGGUGAUCCAGAGCACACGGAGGAAGAGGAGGGUCUCCCAGGAGGCAAAUCUCGAGACACUGGCACAGAAGGCCUCCGAGAUGGAGUCCCUGCCAUCACAAGUCAUGAAGGAACCCCAUAGGCCCUGGAGUCCACCGUCGGGUCACUGCCCGAGGGAUCGGGAGAUGGAGGGUUUGGCAGCCAAGCGGCACCGGGACGAGUCACUCCUCCCUCUCAUCAUCCCUGUGUCGGUACCGGUGCGGCCCGUUGACCAGGGCUCCCCUCCGGAGCGAGACCCCACAGCAAUUGGCCACAGCUGGAUUGGCCACACCCCCUCCCACCAGGAACACAAGCCGUCAGUCAUUGUGACGCGUCGCCGCUCUCUGCGUAGUUCUCUGUCAGACAACUCUGGCCAGAACGGCGGCCCAGAGGACGAGAAGGACGCCGACGGCAAGUCUGGCAAGGUCAAGCGCCGGCCGCGCCCCGAGCCGCUCUUCAUCCCGCCGCCCAAGCCGGGCACGUUCAUCGUGCCGUCGGUCUACUCCAGCAUUACGCCCUACCAAAGCCACCUGCGCUCUCCCGUGAGGAUGACCGAUGGCGCCGGUUGCGGCGGCGGUGCCCAGGCCAUGCCCCCCUACACUCCGCCGCCCAUCCUCAGCCCUGUGCGCGAGGGCUCCGGCCUCUACUUCUCCACCUUCCUCUCCAAGCCCGCCGCCGCCUCCGCCACGGGGAGUCACGUCCUGCCCCCGGUGGUCACCCCCAAGUCUGCCACCCGGAGCCUGCUCCGCUCCAGCAGCUGUGACAUCACGCCUCCUGUGCUCUCUGCCAUGAGUGAAGCCACACCAGUCAGCCUUGAGCCACGGAUAAACAUUGGUGGUCGCUACCAGGCCGAGAUCCCCGAGCUGCGCGACCGCUCGGUCUCUCAGUCCGACCAGCACAAGGCGGAGCUAGUGUGGGCCCCGCUGCCCGAGCUGGACGCCCAGCCCAAGCUGCUGGAGAGAGUGAACGACCUCCUCCACCUGGCGUGCUCCAGUGCCCUGACGGGAGGGGGCACUAACCAGGAGCUGGCCAUGCACUGUCUGCACGCGUGCCGGGGUGACGUGAUGGGAGCUCUUUCCCUCCUGUUGUUGGAAACUCCCAUAUUUCCCAAACCUCACCCGCUGAGCAACUACCACUACUCAGGAUCCGACCACUGGACGACGACAGAGAAGCGCUUAUUUAACAAAGGCAUCUCGGCCUACAAGAAGGACUUCUUCAUGGUCCAGAAACUGGUGAGCUCAAAGACGGUUAGUCAGUGUGUUGAGUUUUACUACACUUACAAGAAACAGGUGAAGAUCGGUCGGAAUGGAGCUCUCAUCUACGGAGACGUUGAGCCACCAGAGACAAAACCAACAGAGGAGGAGGUGGACUUCAAGAGCUCUCAGAGGUUGGAGCCUGUCAAGCAGGAGGACGACAGCAGGAAGUGGGAGAGGUCAGCUGACAGGAAGAGAGAGAGCAGUCCCGGAAGAGUGACGCAGUCCUCAGUCACCACUGAACACUCAGAUAAAGUGUCAACACAAAAGACCCAGGACAGCAGUCAGAGGGACCAGGCUGUCUUCGCUUCCCAAAAGCCUGAUCCUGGACCUGUGCAUAAGAGUGGCACCUCUGGAUCCGCCACCAAAGGCUCAGCUGGGCAGGAGGGGGAGUUCCCGUGCAAGAAAUGUGGCAGGAUCUUCUACAAGGUGAAGAGUCGCAGCGCGCACAUGAAGAGCCACGCCGAGCAGGAGAAGAAGGCGGCGGCCCAGCGGCAGAGGGAGGCCGAGGAGCGAGCGGCCGCCGCGGCUGCCCUCUCUGCCGCCCGGCAGAACGGCGCCCGGGGUGAGCGCGGAGCGGGCGGCAAGAGCAGCAGCGACGACUCCUUGGAUGAAGACGAGGAUGCCAACGAUGAGGAUUGGCAUUAGGUGGAGGGAACAGAAAAGUUGGAACUUAGAGCUGUGGCAACAGUGUGGUGUACAUUCAAUGGCAUCCUCUUUUGUCCUGUGCUGGACGAAAUGACAUUUCAACUGAUGUGAAAUUUCAAAAGACCAUACAGUUAAGUGUGUGUGUGCGUGACGUGUGUGUGUAUGUGUGCAUGACGUGUGUGUUUGUUUGAUGAACAGUGUUGUACGAUCUGAUGGUUAGGGUGAGAAUGUUCUAAAAUAUACACCAUACUGUAAGAUGUCUCCCACCUAAACCCGCCAUGGCUUCUAGCCUGUAGGAGCAGCCAUUUGCUCUUUUAGUAUUUGUGUGUUUUGUCAGUACAUGAAUACUCAGUCAGGGACAUGGAUGUGUGUGCAAAAGCUGUGCGUGUGUGUCUGUGUGCAUGACUGUGUGAGCGCGAGUGUGAGUGAGUGUCUACAUGUUUCAAAAGCUAUCAGGGGUUAUCUACCUUAUUACUUUUCAUUAUUUAUGGUUUGAUAUUCAUUCGAAAACAGAGGGCUACUAGAAGAGAGUGAGCACCACCACUCUUGUCAUUCUCACUCUAUUUCUGGAGAGAGCUGCUCUGUCCAGGUCUGCCAUUCAAACCAGUUCAGCACUUUUGAUGCCCACACGCCAGUGAAGAGACCCUCUCGGACGUCAGGCCAGUGGGUGAGGAGCGGAUCCGCCCUCAUCACGGGGUGGAUCGCUAUCUAUCACUUUGAUUAUAUCUACCAUGAAAUUAAAAAACAAAUGUGACGAAUAGAGAAGGAAUGAGUGAACAAGGACAGAUAAAUGAGUGCACAAAGCUGAGCUGUGCAGAGGACACUUUGUUUUUGUUUGUUUGUUUGUUUGUUUUUAAAAUUUUUUAUCUGCAUUGCUUUUUGUCUUUUCUUUCACCCUGUAAUUCUCUCUCUCUCUCUCUCUCUCUCUCUCUCUCUCUCUGUCGUGACUGCCAAAAGCUUGCUUGGCCGUGUCUCUUUCGUGCUGUAAGUGAAGCGCCAGGUCUCUCCUCCUCAGAUGCUCCCUUCUCCUCCCCUCUCUCUGGACUUCCUGUUAACGGUCUCUCCCUUUUCAAACGAUAGCCUCUCUAUGGUUGAUGCCUUGUUUGUUUUUCAAUUGUUCAAAGUAAUUUAAAAGUUAUGACUCUGAUUUUUAUUAUUACAACAACAGCUACUAUGAUAUAUUUUUAAUCACUAUUACUGUACUGUUGUCUUGGUUAAUUACUGAUGAUAUGAUAAAAAAAAAAAAAAAACUUGUUAUUUUGUUGAUAAAAAAACAUGUUUGAUAAGUGUUACAUUUUUUCCCCCUAAAUGAUGUCCGUUAAAGUUCUGUUGAUGUGAGUGGUCAAAGGUGAUACAUAUAACGUAUACAUAUAACAGAACAGCAGUCUUUGACAACAGACUCUGCACUCUGCAUUUAAUGCAUAUGUUUCAGCUUUGAUUAAACCUACCCCCCAAAGAGCAGCAUUAAAGGUUUAGUGAGCAAUGUUUGCUGUAAAAAGGAACAUGCUUCUAGAUUUAAAACCACAAUGGGCAUGCUGUGCACUUUGAGUCUUGCUGUGAGGCGUUUUGUUAUAUAGUCAUUUACAUUUUGUAGGCUCAGAAAAAAAUGGCUUAUAGAUGCAAUAAAUGGCCUGAUACAGGAACAAGAACAAAAUGCACAGUAACACAGGGAAACAUGGUCUUUUUAAAAGCCAUGACUUCAGAAUUUGUAUCAUUGUUGUGAGUCAGCAAGCAUUUUUAUAUCUUGGCAGGAAAAGCUACUUAGAGUUGGUGUGCUGUCGUUUCCUGACAUGAUUUUGAAAUGGGUCCUCUGUGACAAAAUCAGCAUCUCUGCUUGGUUUCCUGUCAAUCUUCACUCGAUCUCUCGUCUGCUUACCUCCUCUGCCAAGUCGCUCAGGCAACAGCCAGUGCAUCUGCGUGUCUACGCCAUGAGGAUAUUGGAGAUGCGAUCAGCCAAGAAUGACAACACUCAGAAAUGCUAAUUUGUGGUUUCUUCUGUAUGUGUUUGUGUGUGUGUGUGCGUGCACAAAUGUAUGAGAGAGGGAAUAAGCUUGCAGUGCAUGUGAGUUAAAGCUCAUGUGUUUGUGAGCAAGUGAGUAAAUUUUAGGUCACAUAAAUUGUAAGACAAAAAACUCAUACCCGAUUUUCCUUGACUGUUACAUUGUUUUUUACUCAGUGUUUUUGUUAUAAUUUUAUUGUGGUUUUGAUCGUUUUUGAUUUUCAUAAAUACUUGUGGGCAUUGUGUUGAAAUUACCUGCACAGCUGAACUUUCUUUUCCUCUUUUUGUUUGGUUACUCCAUAGCCCAGCCCCCUCUCUUAUGCAACCAGCCAAGGCAAUCAAAGUGUUUGUGAAGACAGGUUUAUGAUAUAUUAUGUGUAAAUGACCCUCAUUGCUAUUUUCAUAAAGGCCUUGUACACUAAUGGUGAAAGUGGGAAUGAAUCCCAGAUGCUUUUUACUACAGAGUUAAUAUUUGUUUUCAUUUGAUUUUUUUUUAUCACUUGUGAUUUUGUAUAAUAAAAUAAGCAGGGUAUAAAGCACCCUGCAGAAUGAAUGCUGA